AGGGUAAGUGACUAUCCUUAAGGCAGUGUCUACUCCACCGAGUUAACAGAGCUUUGAUUAUUCCCAUCGGGGGACCAGAAGUCCAGAGCACUUCUCGGCAUGAAGGCCACUUGGGGUGCAUGAAUUGUAACAGCCAUCCUUGAGACUUGGCUGCAGUUUGGAGUUGAAAAUGGCACCUGAGAGACUGGGGCCAAUGUGCCUGCCUAGAAAGCCAGACUGGCACCAUGCAGGCCAACCCAUGCUCAGGAGUUCGUGUGGGUUCUUGUGAGUCAGGACUUGGAAGUGGUGGAGUUUCCAGAUUAAUCUGUUUGAAGUACAAGGGUGUGAGAGAUAUGGUGAUAAAAUAAUGUUCUAUACAGAUGUGAAGAUUAAGCCUCAGCAUUCCCAUGCUAGAAAUGUAGGUUGUAGUCAGACCCUUUCUCUCUUAGUUGUCCCUUUUCGUACUGUUUACAAUGCUGCUGAUCUCAUGACUUGUUGCUUAGCAACGUUUAUGAACAAGUGCAAGGCCUUCCCUUUCCCUUCCUCUUUGCAGGAGUUAGGCUGGGUCACAGCAAGUUAAGGUGCCGACAACAACAGUGGGGGAAAGCAAUUUCCGAAUUUUAUGUAAAACUACUGUUUUGGCUUUGAAUUAGCUGCUCUCAUGGCCAAGUAUCUGUUCUUGGCUCCUGGGUCGCCUUUGCCCUUCAGCCCACUUUCUCCUGAAGCUUUUGAAGAGAUCAAACAUCAUUCUGGCAAAGCUUGGAAAGAGCACUCUGUCAGCAAUAAGGACUGUUCCACGACCUAUUCUGGUGCUUAUGGAAAUAAGGAACUGGAUGCUGUCACACGUUGCCGUGUUGCACCCUCCUCUCCGACCAGGAUGCACAGGCCUCAUCCACCAGAAGUGUUUUUGGUAAACCGGCUUCACCAUCUGCCUGGACAUUAUGGCAAUGCUAAACAAAGAAAGGCAACUGACGGCUUUCGUCCUCAUCCUGCAUUUCCAAGUGACUUAAAGGCUCCAGGUGAUUUAGGGAAACUUCAAAUUCAUCAAUCCAAAAUUAACCAUAAUGCAGUCAGUGUUCCAUCACCAGUAACAUCUUUUCGUGCAAUCCAGCAGUGCAUAAAACAAGACUAUCUCAGUGCUUUAAUUAUAGGGAGUCAAACUGGACAGAGAACAGAAACUCCGUCAAUUUCUAGUCAGGAUUUUGUGGUUGUCCCCACAGGGACAACAAGCUAUGAUUCUUCUCAAAUAUGGGACAGUGAAACAAUAUCAUCUUCUCAACCGUAAUGGAAGCCACAGCGUUGCCAGAAAUGGAUGAAACCCUCGUAGUUAUUCAGAACCAGUUACCAACUCUUGAAAAAUCAGGAUUCAGUGUGGUUGCAGGGUGGAUGGGUGCCCAAAGCCUAUAAAAUAUUUUGAUAUUUAUGCAAAAGUGCUGAAUUUGUGUGCAAGGAGACAUAUAUUUAGUUGGGGUGGGGGGAAUGAUCACAAGAAUACUGUGAGCAGGUUUCUAGAGAUAGCAAAGAUGUAAAAUGCAAAUACCACCACUAAAAGUCAUGGGUGGUAGGGGGAGUGAGGUCUCAGUUUAACCAUAGCUACAAAGUGUCCACAAACAAUCUUAUUAUAAACCACCUUUCCUGAGCUUAAGUGGUACACAAUAUAGAAUCAAAAUCAAAUUAAUAAAAAAAGGUCAGCCAAAAACAAUGCAGCAGCCAAACUGUAAGGUUAUAUUGUUGCAUCAAAUAGAAGGGGUGUAUUUCCCAGCCCCUCCACAAUGCUUUUGAAGAAAAGGAAGGGCACAAAUGUGGGGAGGUAGUGCUUUGGACUAUUGCCUCCCCUAUGGUAUCUCCAAAAUUGUCUAUCAGCUACCAAAAACACCAGUCUAUAUUCUGAGAUGAAAAAUCCUUUGGUUUAAGAGCAGAUUUAAGGCUCUUUCAGUCAUGCACCAAAAUUCAAAUUCAAAUCAUGCACCAAAAAGCAUGGAAAUGAUUAAUUAGCACACCUGCUUUAAUCUCUAUGUUAGGGAAGUGUUCAAAAUGUGAUUUGGCUUCCAAAUCAUGGCACAACCCCUUUUAAAAUCAAGGGCUUACUCAGCUCCUUUAACGUGGAGGAGAGCUGGUCCAUCCCUGCUCCUCCUCUGAUUGCUGCCAUUACAGUAAUCCAGGUGCUUCCCCCAGCUGUACCCAUGCACUGGUGGCAUUCUCCCCCAGCAGCCAUGCACGGUGGCCGUGUGUGUGCCAGCGUUGUGCAGGGGCUUCUGGGAGACACCCCGCUGGCAUAGCUGGUGGGGAGUGCCAGAAUUACUGCAAUGGUGACUACACACAAUGCGAGUGAACUCUCAAAAUGCUUUCUAUGGUCAAAGAAUCAGAUAGAAAACAUAUAUGCAUUUUACAGAAUGAGAUGGUUGCGAAUUUUCUCUUAUUCACCCACCCACCCCCUUUCUUUUUCUCACAGCAGCACAUCUUUUCGUUCUUCUUCCCCACCUUUUGUUCACUCACAUAAGCACCUGUCCUUUCCCUCUUCCUAAACCUACUCACAAUCAAAUACACCUUUGUCCCAUCAUAUUGCUGUUGUUUUCUGUAAGAGCGCUUGAGCUGAUGGCCAUUUUACUGCUGGGAUAAGACUAGAAUUUUGAUUUACCAGAAAAUUUCCUCCUAAUCCUCUAGUACGUCAGAAUUUUCAAGACAGAUGGUGCACUAUGCCACCAUUUGCAAUUUAAAACUAGGACUGUGAAACUCUUUAACUCUAAAAAUACAUAACAAAUGUUUAUUAAACCAUGGAAGGACAGACUUCUGUAAUAGGAUUUAUUUAAUAAUAGGAAUAGCAUAAUAGGAUUUAUUAUGAGAAAAUCAUAAUAGAAAAAAGUGAAAGGAUGUUCUGAGUUGGCAGGGUUCCAAACAGUCAAGUUCCUAACUUAAAGCAAACGUUUAGAACUACUUAGCCAUUUUUCAGAAGAUUUCUCUAAAGUUUUGGCAGAUUCUACUCAACAGACAGAUUCUCUAGGUCAAAUCACUUUCAUUUUAUAAUGAACAGAAUCUUCAGAGUGUAUAAUAAAAUUAUGAAAAAGCUACUUCCAUUUAAUACACCACUCAUCAUACAGACAUUUCUUUGUUGUUUUUGUGUACUGCCUUCUUCCAAGGAGCUUACAAUACCAAUUUAGUUUUACAGCAGCCCUGUGGCUUCUAAGCUGAGGGAUAGUGACAUCCACAAAGGUGGGGACCACCCAGUAAGUUUCAUACUUAAGGAGGGAUUUGAACCUAGAUUCCCCAGAUCCAAAUCCACCACUCCAGCCGCUACAUCACACUGGCUUUCUUGGCACAUGGAUGGCAGACUUCAGAUAAAAUGAAGAUGGUGAAACUUAGAGAAUGUGUUCGCUUAGAAACAUACAGUUUAUAAGUCAUGAGACUGAUAUAAAGAAAAAAUUCAGAAGCCCCUCUAGAAUACAUGUGAUGUACCAGCAACAUACUCUGUUAUUGUGUUUAAACUAUUAUGUUACUUUUUUGUCAUCUUGUGAGGAAUGUUUAUUGUCAAACACUAUUAAUAGAAAAUAAGUAUAUAAAUAAAAUAGUAAGUUGGUAUCCACUGUCAGUUGCUUCACCCUCUGGAAAUAUAAACAGCAGUUUAUCAGGACUUUACAGUAAGUGUCAUUACUUACCUUUUCAUUUUUGUUUUCCUAGUUCAAAACAAGUGAUUUUACUCCACACACAGGUAAUUUACUCCAGUCAAGUUUUACAUAAAUCAGUACCAGCAUCUUACAUAAAUGCCUUAAUUCCAAUAUAUUAAAUGACAAAGCAGUGGGGAAAAAAAAAGCCAGAUUAUAGCCAACUUUGUUUUUAAUUAGAGUAUAUAUAUACUUCCAAACCGGAUACACUAGAAAUUGGCAAUGCAACGUAAGAUGCAAAGAAAUAUACCAGUUACUGUCAAAAUGACCCUGUACAGCCUUAUAAUGCAAAAAAGCUUUAUACAAUACAAAUUUCCAUUAAUGUACACAAACCUUGACAGUGUGAUAUUUGAAUAUGAUACAGAAAGUUAAAAAGGAUGGGGGAAACAAGAAAAGUGCUGAGAAUGUAACCAAAUUACUGGAUGGAAAAAGAGAAACCAACCUAUCAUAGAGAAUGCAUAGUGAAAAAAGCAGAUACAAAGUGAGCAUGUUGGUAGAAAUGUUAAUCUGUUAACAAGCAAAGGAUUAUCUAUAGGGAGCAUUCCUUUCUUUAGCUUCAAACAGCAAACCAAUUAUUGUACUGUAUAUGCAAGGGCUUUGAUAAAUACUGUAUAUUUUUUCUUAAAAAAAUAAAAACACUUCCAGAUGCAUUUUUUCUCACUCAGAAAUCAUGUCCUUUCCAGAAAUAAUUCAAUGCCCAAAGUGCUAAAUAAAGCUGCCCAAUUACAUUAAGCUUUGCUAUGACAGACAAAUACAAAGGAAAAUGGUUAAACCCAAGGCAUUCCGUUGCUCACAGCAUCAUAAUAUUCUCAUUCCUUGAAGUUCCUAUGCAUAUUGCACCAUUUGGUUUACAGAAAAUAUUCCUUUAACAUUCUUAUGCAUGUGUAGCUUACCUGCUGACACACAACUUAGUUUUUUGUUUUUAGUGUUUCUGCAUGUUUGGAGAUUCAGCCAGAAACAGCUUGAAUAUAUUUUGUUAACUGCACCAGCAAUUGCUUAUAAAAAUGAAGUUCCAUGAUUCCCUAUAAAAAGGAACUCAUUUUUACCAUUCUGAAUACAUUUCCUAGUAAGGAAAUCCUUAUUCCGUAUUCUCUCUUCUUUUAACAUUCCUAGUAGAGGAUGCCCAUUCUGGUCAAUGGCCAGUCUGCAGUUAACUAAAUGGAUCAAGGUUACAUCAGAUAGGUAUCCUGAAACCUACAGAAAUAGCUGAUAGAUAAUUAAGAGGUGUGUGUGUGAGAGAGAGAGCGAGAGAGCGCGCAUGGGGCCAGGGGCCAGGUCUUCCAUGUUCUGCAGGAUACCAUCUUUUUGCAUUGAGAGUUUUCUGUGACACCUCUCGUGUGCAGUUGCAGUGGCUCUGCCAUUGAUGAUAUUCUCUUAGAAUGCGAUCCGAGGUAGCGGAGGCAUCAGUAGUCCACCCCCACCAUAGCCUCUUCUCACAUUCCUGUGCCAGGCUGCACGAUUUCUGAGAUGAUGCUAUGGCACUCCAGGUGAUGGUUAUUGCUAGGCAAUGCGAUACCAUCACAGCUUGGGAAGGGAUACCAUUAUAAUGCCACCGUUCAUGACACUGUACUGACCUUACUUUAAACAUCUGUUUGCCAGCAGAGUAGCUCAUAGAACAUGUCCCAAAGAGUAGUUUUAACUGAGUCAAGUGCAAUGAACAAGGGCCCCAAGAUGUAUGUGUGAAGAACAACUAAAUGACUUAUUUUACUGCACUAGCUUAGCUAAGUGAGUCCACAUAUUAGUUAAACUAUAGUGUGGACUCUAAUUACCAUGACUGUAAUUAUGAUUUUAACUUGUUAAUAUUUAGGUAUUCUUUCUUCUUGUCUUCCAUUGUAAACAGUUUCUUUCACUCUGAUCCAUACACAGAUCUGGAUUUCUUCCUAUAUUUAAUGGAGGAAGCUGGAUGUGAUAAUGCGAUAAACUUCAGUGCAUGGGCAAGAAAAAAAAUCAAAUGUUGGGGAAAGCGCACAAUUUACUUAGAUAUUCUGUUAGGAAUGCAAAAUCUGCUGCUUACUGCAAUAAAGUGCAAUAUUUAUGUCAUUUUAAUGACCACAAAGUAAGAGCUUUAAGAAAAUAUAAAGAUAGCUUCCUAGAAGAGUAUACUUGAGUAGGCAUUAACAAAAUGAUAUUAAGGAUUACAAAUAACAUGAAAAAUAAUGUUUAUAGGGACACAAACUUUGCAAAUAUAGCUGAAAAGUUGGGCAUAUAAAAGAGAACCAUAUGAUUAAACAGCACCUUUUAAUCUUUACAUGUAAAAGAACGCCCCAUUAACUUUUCAAAUAUACAAUCUGAUAUUUCUUCAGUCCACAGAAGAAACAUUUUCAUCUUCUACACUUUCUCUUUCUUUCUUUCCUUUUUUUUUUGCAAGUGAGAAAUAUACUAGUGCAAGACUCAAGCACUGUGCAAAACCUGCCUUUAUUUAGUCUGAGCAUUUAAACCCAGAAUUUACCACCACCUUUUUAAAUUCCCCUUUUCUGGAUUGAAUCACUGUAGAAUUUUACUCACACACUCUUGUCUUUGCAAACCAAAGGUAAACACUGCAUGAAUAGAGUCUGAGAAUGUGUAUGACUGAAAUAUGCUAUGCUGAUCUAGGACUGAUUUUAGAGCCACUUUGUACAAUAUUAUUUUGUAGUUGACCCUGCGUCAGUUGUGAAUGAUGCAAAUAUGUUUAUAUCACCUCUUUUCUUGACAAAAUAGGCAGAAGCACAAAGGGGGAAACGAUCAGGCAACUGCCUCAAAGUAUUUCACCAAGAAAAGUAGUGAUUUAAAUGGUAUGUCUGUCAUUUAAAACUGACGCUUGGUGUGCGUACUCUGUACUCUCAUAUCUGUAGUUAAGUACAACAGAUAUUGUAAGAACUGGCCCUGUGUUUCAUGGGCAUAGCAGAAUAAUCUGAUCUUGCACAUGUAUUAAAUGCGCUUUGAUUUAA